CUCAAGGCUGUAGAUAAAAAGUAAAUAGAUAAAAGCAGAUAAAAGUGAUGUUGUAUUAAUAGACUUGACUCUUCCCUUUUCCUCACAUUGUUCUCUAUUUUUACCAGACCCCCUCCCGCUCUUUUUUCACAUUGUCCAUGAUACAUGAAGAGUAGUUUUCGGAUGGAGACGAGAGGCAGCAGCUCCUCAAGUCAAGAGCACAGACCCCCCCUUCUUGUUUGGUGGCGGGAGCAGCCGGGAGAGGGUGGGUUUGCUGUGUGCGUCACUCUCAGCCUGUGAAAACAUCUGUGCGCCGGCUCCAGCAACAGCAGCAACAGCAGCAACAGCAGGAGAACAAGCCGGAGUGUGGGAAGGCAGCUGCAGCCCACUAUUCCCCCGGCACCAGCAGCCCACUAUUCCCCCGACACAGGAAAGCCGGGACAUGACUGUACUGACACUGCUGCUGGGAGUAUGAGCAGCCUGAAUGAAGAAAGAUGAUUCCAGUGACGGAGUUCCGACAGUUUUCCGAGCAGCAGCCAGCUUUCCGUGUGCUCAAGCCAUGGUGGGACGUGUUCACAGACUAUUUGUCUGUGGCCAUGCUGAUGAUAGGAGUCUUUGGUUGCACAUUACAGGUCAUGCAAGGCAAGAUAAUAUGUCUGCCAAAAGUGCAGCCCAUUCACAACAUUUCAGUCUACAAUGUAUCCAGUUCUAACUUGCCACUUACUACACCAAAGCCGAUAUCACCUGGAACAGUGGAGAUGAAAGGGUUGAAAACAGACUUGGACCUUCAGCAGUACAGUUUUAUUAACCAGAUGUGUUAUGAGCGAGCUCUGCAUUGGUACGCCAAGUACUUUCCCUACCUAGUUCUAAUUCACACUUUAAUUUUCAUGUUAUGUAGCAACUUUUGGUUUAAAUUUCCUGGCUCAAGUUCGAAAAUUGAGCAUUUUAUAUCAAUCUUGGGGAAAUGUUUUGAGUCUCCUUGGACAACCAGAGCCUUGUGCAAAGUAUCUGGAGAAGAACCAGAAGAAAAGGAUAACAGAAAGAAUAAUCUGAGUAAGUCCAACAUAAACCAGUCAACAUUGGAGAGUCCCUUGGUGAAGACCCAGUCUCUGAAGUCAAUUCCUGAGAAGUUUAUUGUGGAUAAAGCUGCUGCAGGUGCUCUGGAUAAAAAGGAAGGAGAACAAGCAAAAGCCUUGUUUGAGAAAGUGAAAAAGUUUCGUGUUCAUGUUGAAGAAGGAGAUCUUCUUUAUGUCAUGUAUGUCCGCCAAACCAUCCUUAAAGUUCUGAAAUUUUUAUUCAUCAUCGGAUACAAUAGCGCUCUUGUGUCAGAAGUGAGGUUUACUGUAGAGUGUAAUGUUGACAUACAGGACAUGACCGGAUAUAAUCAUUUCUCUUGCAAUCAUACAAUGGCUCAUCUAUUCUCUAAGCUGUCAUUUUGUUACCUUUGCUUUGUGGGUGUGUAUGGCCUCACUUGUCUUUAUACAUUAUAUUGGCUAUUCUAUCGCUCUUUAAAGGAAUAUUCCUUUGAAUAUGUCCGUUUGGAGACUGGCAUCAACGAUAUCCCAGAUGUCAAAAAUGACUUUGCCUUCCUGUUCCACAUGAUAGAUCAAUAUGACCCUUUGUAUUCCAAGCGCUUUGCUGUGUUCCUCUCUGAAGCCAGUGAAAACAAGUUGAAGCAACUGAACUUAAACAAUGAGUGGACAGCAGAAAAGCUGAGGCAAAAGCUUCAAACAAAUGCAUCCAGCCGACUCGAGUUACAAUUGUUUAUGCUCUCUGGCCUUCCAGAUACUAUAUUUGAGAUAACAGAGCUACAGUCUUUAAAGCUGGAAAUUAUAAAUAAUGUUAUGAUUCCAGCAACCAUUGCUCAGCUUGACAAUCUUCAAGAACUGUCCUUGUGUCAGUGUUCUGUAAAGAUUCACAGUGCAGCCCUGGCAUUCCUAAAGGAGAAUCUCAAGAUUCUGAGAGUUAAGUUUGAUGACAUUCGAGAGCUUCCACCUUGGAUGUAUGUGUUACGCAACCUGGAGGAAUUAUAUCUGAUUGGUUCAUUAAGCCCUGAUGUAUCAAAAAACAUCACACUUGACUCAUUCCGUGAACUAAAGAGCCUUAAACACUUAUUUAUAAAGAGUAAUUUAUCCAAAAUCCCUCAAGGUGCUGUUGAUGUUUCUGGACAUCUUCAAAAACUCUGCAUUCAUAAUGACGGGACCAAGCUGGUCAUGCUGAACAAUUUGAAAAAGAUGGUCAACCUGACAGAUCUGGAGCUCAUACACUGUGACAUGGAGCACAUACAUCACUCGAUUUUCAGUCUGAUAGCACUGGAAGAACUGAAUUUAAAGGAAAAUAAUCUGAAGUCUAUUCAAGAAAUAGUUAGUUUUCAACACCUGCGCAAGCUUACAAUCUUAAAAUUGUGGUACAACAGCAUUACUCAUAUCCCAGUGGAAAUAAAAAAACUGACCAGCUUGGAGAGGCUUUACUUUAGCCACAAUAAAAUAGAGGUUCUGCCCUCUCAGCUGUUCCUAUGCCACAAACUCAGAUACUUAGAUUUGUCCUACAACGACAUACGAUUCAUUCCCCCAGAAAUUGGAGUGAUGCAGUCUUUGCAGUAUUUUUCAAUUUCCUGCAACAAAGUGGAGAGCGUUCCCGAUGAACUGUACUUCUGCAAGAAGCUGAUAACGUUAAAAAUCGGGAAAAACAACUUGUGUUCUCUCUCACCAAAAAUGGGUAAUUUGGUGUAUUUGUCUUAUUUGGAUAUUAAAGGCAAUCACUUUGAAACCCUACCACCAGAACUUGGUGACUGCAGAGCCCUGAAAAAGAAUGGACUCAUUGUAGAGGACACCCUUUUUGAAACAUUGCCAUUUGAUAUAAGGGAACAAAUGAAAUCUGAGUAAUGGACUUUAGCAAAUCCUAGUCAUUACUGGGCAUUAUUUAAAUGUAUGUACAUGCAAUUGUAAACGCUGUUGGUACAUAAGUGGGCGGCUAUCUAUAUUGGAAGGUUUGUAAUUCAAGGAAAGAUUUAGGGGGCUAUUUAUCAAAUGUCGAGUUUGUGAGUUUUUCUUCUACCUCGAAUAAACUCACAACUCAAAUCUUUGCUUAUUUAUGAAAAAAAUGAAUGAGUGCAAUCGGGCGGGGAGGAGGAAUGGAUUACUCAAAUUGAUCGAGUUAUCUGCAAAAAAAAGCUUGAAUUGAUCGAGUUUUCGAGCACAAACCACCGAAAAAAAAAACCCCAUGAAAAUCAUAAAGUCUAAAAACGUCUUCAAAUGGUUCAAGAGACCUCUGCCAUUGACUUCUACGUGACCUCAACAGGUUUUAGCUGGAGAAUUUUUUUAUCUUACUGAAACUACACUCAGUUUUUUUGGGAAAAACAAAACUCGACUUUUGAUAAUUAACCUUUUUAGAGUCUUAUAAAUCAUUCAGUCCAGAGGACAGGAACACAAGUAAUACAGUAUAUAAUGUAAACAUAGUAACUUUAGCUAUUACUGAAGGUGUUUAGGUAAAAUGUUUUGUACCGUGUUAGCCAAUCAAAAAAUUAUAGGAUAAAACUUUAAAUUUGUAACAUGUGGUGUAAAGGUGGUACACCUAUGCUGUCAUUUUACCCACAGUGCAGCAUUCCUCCCCAGAAUUCUAGCGUGUAUGGCCACCACAACCAGUGGCAAAUUUUAUGCCACUAGAGGCGCAAAGCUUAAUGGCAGUAAGUAAAUUGUGCGCAGGUAGGUGCAAUUUAUAUCUGUGAUAGCAGAGGUGCAACAUGACAUACAGUUAUACUCUUCAACUGAAUGAUUAGGUGGCAGAACAGCAAGCACCUAAAGGUGCAAUAUGUAGUGGAAGCCUGGUACUUUACCAUCUGAUUAAGCCAUGCUCUCACCCUGCCUGCAACUUAUGUCUGUGUGCUUACAUGUUUUUAUGCCACAUUUUGAAUAAAUUUUGACUUUUUAUCUUCCGUACAUAUGGAUUCCCUGUUUACGGCAGUCAAUGUGCCUGUUUGCUUUGUACCAUCUGAUUAAGGCAGUUGUAAGUUAAAGGUCUUUCUUCUGCCUCAUGCACAUUUUCAGUCCAAGUAAUGAAUAUGUAUUGCCUAAGGCUCUGUUUGAAAAAUCUUCAUUAACAUAAUAUUAGUUUGAAAAAAGGGUCCUUUAUGGCCCUUUCCCAUAAAAAUGCAUAAAGUAUGAAUGAAACAGUAUUGUGUAUGUAUUGCACUGUUUGGCCAUAUACUCACAAAUGGCAGACAAUUUUAUCUAUUACAAAUUGAAAUUCAAUAACUAAUUUGUACAAGUAUUGCAAAAAGGAUAACAAUCAAUUUGAGUUUUAAGUGUUGCUGGUCCUUUAACUAGGGAUGCCACCAUGUACCAAGAAACCUGAUGCUUCAUGCCAAAGUUAGUAAUAGAGAAAACAUUUAGGAAAGCUUGUAUUUUUUUCCAGAAAAGGUGGCAAACUUACCUUUAGUAUUAAAUUAUAUUAAAGAACACACUAAUGGUCAUUGACAACAAGGAAGGCAGAAUGCAAUGCCUUCCUCCUAUUUAGAAUAGCACUAUUCAGUUCAGUUUACUUAUUGAUGUUUCUGAGAUUUGUUGGGGUUGUGGUAAAAGACAAAUAUGAUAUUUUUGUGUUCUCUUGGUUACAAGGAUCCACAUGGCUGGUGGAUUUGUAUAGACCAUUUACAGUAUACAUUAUCUGAUAACUGGGAAGAGCUCAUUUAGAACUACUGUACAUGAUAUACAAACUGUAUAGUAUACUUCAUAUUACUCAUUUUGUGCCUUUCCUCUUCUACAUUAAUAAAAUUUGAGGACUAGUUUGA